UAUAUUUAUAUAUAUAUAUAUAUAUAUAUAUAUAUAUAUAUAUAUAUAUAUUUGGUAUUUUGACCCGGGUGACAAGUGCGCUAAGCAAAAAUUGUUGUAUUAAAGUGUUUUAGAUAUCAAGUGGGUUCCAAGUUCAAAGUACUAAACAUUAAACAAUUCUUAAUAAUAAACAUAUUUUUUUGACUUGUAUACUAUAAUAAAUAAAAUGAGCAUAGAAGAGUAUCAAGAUAUAAUACAACCUCGGAGAACUGAGCUAAGUAAUUAUGCCUGGACUGCUAGAACUCUACAGCCUACAGUUUCAUUUAAAAUAUUACCAAGACCUUUCCCUGAGAGCCAUAAACAAAAUGUCUUUAAAAGUGUAAAAGUUAUGGAACUUAUAAAAGAGAUAAGCCAAAAAGAGAAUGUAAAUCAACCAGAAAUUAAACAAAGGCUUCUUCUUAUUCUUGAUGAAAUUGGAUAUACUAAGAAUAUUCAAAUUAUUAGGUGGUUAGCAUAUAUUCUAACCAAAAUUUUCCUUAAAAUUACUUCAGGAAUUUUUGUAAACUAUGCUGGAAUUCAAAAGGUAAAAUCAAGAAUGGGUGAUUGUCCAGUGAUAUUUGUCCCUUCUCAUAGAAGCUAUGCUGAUUUUAUCAUAUUUUCAUACAUAUUAUUCUUCUAUGAUAUUGAAAUACCUGCUAUUGCUGCUGGAAUGGAUUUUCAUGGAAUGGCUGGUGUGGGGGAAAUGCUGCGGAAUACAGGAGCAUUUUUUAUGAGAAGAACUUACAACAAUGAUACUUUAUAUUGGGCUUCUUUUAAAGAAUAUGUAAAUUCUUUAGUUUCCAAAGGUGACUUACCCAUUGAGUUUUUUAUUGAAGGAACCAGGAGCAGAAGUAAUAAAAGUAUUGCUCCCAAGUAUGGUUUGAUAAAUAUGGUCCUGAAAGCAUAUUUCCUUAAACAAGUUCCAGAUAUAAUGCUUGUGCCUGUUAGCAUUAAUUAUGAUAGAAUCUUGGAAGAGACAUUAUUUGCCUUUGAAUUAUUGGGCAUACCAAAACCCAAAGAAAGUACAUCGGGAUUCUUUAAAUCGCUGAAAAUUGUAAAAGAGAGAUACGGCUGUAUAUAUUUUCAUUUUGGUGAACCAAUCUAUGUUCGCGAGUUCUUACAAGAUAAGUUAACUCAGAGUCAACAUUCAUUCGGCUCAAUACAACUACAUGAAAUAAGCGAAGCAGAAAAGCGUCUUAUACCGCUGUUGGCCUAUGAAAUAAUUAGAAAACAACAGCAAAGUACUGUUAUAAGUUAUUUUAAUUUAAUAGCGUUAAUAUUAAAUAAUAAUCUCACAAGAGGGCAAGAGUUGACUAGCAAUCAGGAACUUAUAAGAGAAAUUCGUACUUUACGAGAAACCCUAAGGUCAUGGGGAGCUACAAUAUUUGAGAAACAUAUUGAUGAUGAAAUAGAAGAAAGUUUGUUGGUGCAUCAAAAUUUAAUACGCCGUGAUAAAAAUAUGAUUGGUCUCUUCAGAAAAACAAUUUCAGUGGGAAAUUUAAACCCCGAAAAAUUAAAAGCGCAUAGCUUAUCAGAGGUUAUCAUAAGCUAUUCGGUUCCUUUUGUAAUGCUCCAAGUAUAUGCCAAUCCUGUUUUGCAUUAUCUGGUUGAUGCAGCACUCUUAGUUAUUAUUCUAAGAAGCUGUGGAAGAAUGGAUAAAGAUGUUUUAUACAGCCACUUCUGCAUUCUGCGAUCUCUUUUUUUUUACGAGUUUAUUCUGUUGGAAAAUUUGUACAAAAUGCAUUUUGAAGAAGCGUUAUUACAGUUAAGUAAUGAGAAACUGGUGACGUGUAAACAAGGACAAUAUGAUAUAUAUGAGAAUAAUUACUUAGAAGAAGUAUUAAUUAGCAGUAUUCAACCAUUUAUCUUAACUUAUUAUAUUGUGGCUGAAAUCCUACAAAAACUUCCAAGUCUUGUGGAUGAAAAGACAAUAUUGGCAAACGUACAAAAAGUUUUAGAAGAAGCAAUAAGGGAAAAGAACAUUUUUAUUCAUCCUUAUUGUAUGAACUUGGAUAGUCAAGGAAAUUGCCUUAAUAGCCUUACGAAAAUGGGAUUGUUGCUAAAAAGUAAAAAAGAUAACAAAACAAUAUACAAAAUCAAUAGAGCUUCAGUUCUGAAACUAAAAACCGACUUAGAAACAUACAUCCCAUCGUUUCAUGUAAUAAAAAGCUUCGAUAUUUUUUUACAUAUAAAAAGUAAAAUUUAAAAUGAUCGUUUAAUUUAUUACUAGAUUCUGUAAGUUUGUUCUUGUGUUACUUUUAGUAUUAUUUUAAGAUUUAGUAUUAUUAUUGGUUUUUUUGUGGGACAAUAUUUUAAUAAUUUAUUAUUUAACGUAAUACAUGUUUAAAAUUGUUAUUAGUUCCCCAUGAGACUAUGGACUUCUGGAUUUGUUGGGGAUUCGAGUCCACAAAAGCUAAGAAUUGAAUUUUGCAUAUUAACGUUAGGAUUAAUUUAAGAAGCGAUUUUUAUAAUUAGGUCAGAUAUUUACCAUUCAUUUGAUAUUUUUAAAUAAUAAUUGUAUCCAAUUAUUGUAAUCUAAUUUUUUGAAAAAUAUUUACAAAAGUUGUUCAUUGUUUCUAAAUAAAAAUUAACGAUUUCUUAAUUGUAA